CAUUUGUGAAUCCCUCUCACAGUGCUGCAGAUAGGAGCUGCCAACACAUGCGGCGCGUCUGCAGGUGAGGAAACAGGCUGAAUAUGCUGGACACAGUGAGGAAUUCAACCAACGCUUCCCAAAUACCCAAUCGGAUAUACGUUUGAUAUUUUUGUUAGAUUUUUUUCCCCCCCUCUUUUCAUACAAUCUUGAAUUUGCGGUGGCUUGUGCGCCGUUAGUGUCCUCGCAAAAAGAGAAAGAAAAAAAAGAGGAGAGAGAAACUGUCCUGUUCUGCUGGCUGCAAGUGACUUGAAGGGGGAGAAGGCAGAUUAAAAGCAUGGACAGGUAAUUUGCUUGAUGUUCAUUCCCCUCAGCCUCUCUCUGCGAGGUGCCGAGCUGCGCGCACCCAGCCGACGCUCACUGAGUUUGGAAACUGCGCGGGCAUUUAAAUGAUCCUGUAACAUACGUGGACAUAUGAACGGAUAACGCAGCCUCACCCCCCACAAAUAAAACGAGGAUCCAGAAACUGUGAGUAGAGGGGGAAAAAAAGGAGCGACAUGGACUGAAUCACUUUCUGCUGAUGUGAUACUCGGACUAUAAGAUUUUUUUUUUUGGCUUUUACGCGCACGACAUUCAAAUGUUUGGAGCGGCGUCGGGGGCGCACGGAGCAUCUCUGAUGUGUGUCUGAGAUCACUGCGGGUUUCUUUUUUUCAUUUUACUCAAACAAGGAAAGGCAACACGUCCAGGAGGAGCGGAGGAAGAGAGGGAAGCCCGAGGAGUUGCUGCUUUUCACUGCAGCGGGAGAGAGAGGAAGUCGUCCGGAGGAUGAAGUCUCGGAUGAAGCAGCGGGCUUUGCUCUGAAUGAAAACCAUCCUUCAUCUUCACAUCCGGACUCUUUUUUAAAGCUAUUUUUUAAAACUUUUUUUUUUAACUCGUGAGUGGACAUUUUCCAGGGGUGAACAAUGAGGACUACUGGUGCAGUGGACUAUUUGUACUAUUGCAUGCUCAUCCUGCAGCUCGUGCAUCAGCCCUCAGCAAAGCAAGUGCUCCGGUACCGUUUGGCGGAGGAAGGACCCGCCGACGUCCGAGUGGGGAACGUGGCCGGAGACCUGGGAAUCGUCGCUGGGUCCGGCGAGGUGACGUUCACCCUCGAGUCCGGCUCAGAUUUUUUCAAAAUAGACAACAUCACAGGUGAGCUCACCACCAACGAGAGACGGAUAGACCGUGAGAAAUUACAACAGUGCCAAAUGAUCUUUGAUGAAAACGAGUGCUUUAUAGAUUUUGAGGUGUCAGUGAUAGGACCGGCGCAGAGCUGGGUCGAUCUCUUUGAGGGAAAAGUCAUCAUAUUAGACAUUAACGACAACACUCCGUCUUUCCCUUCCCCUGUCCUGACACUGUCUGUGGAGGAAAACAGACCCAUUGGAACCCUUUAUCUGCUGCCCACAGCCACAGACAGAGAUUUUGGCAGAAAUGGAAUAGAGCGAUAUGAGCUUAUUCAGGACAAUGGGGAGAACUCAAGGCGCUUGGGCUCCUCUGGGGAUUCGUACUCGGGGAAGAGGAGAUUUGAGGAGGGAGCGAGCAGGAGCAGUGUCUUUGAACUGCAAGUUGCUGACACUACUGAUGGAGAGAAGCAGCCUCAACUCAUCAUUAAAGGGGCCCUUGAUAGGGAACAGAGAGACUCCUAUGAGCUCACGCUGCGUGUCAGGGAUGGAGGUGAUCCCCCUCGCUCCUCUCAAGCCAUCCUGAGAGUAAUGAUCACCGAUGUCAAUGACAACAGUCCUCGCUUUGAGAAGAGCGUGUAUGAAGCUGACCUGCCGGAAAACAGCUCCCCCGGUGCCCCCAUUCUCCAGCUGAAGGCGGCUGACGCCGACGUGGGUGUUAACGGUCAAAUCGAGUAUGUGUUUGGGGCGGCCACAGAGUCAGUGAGGAGGCUGCUGAGGUUGGAUGAGAGCACGGGGUGGCUGAGCGUGCUGCACCGUAUUGACCGUGAAGAAGUGAGCCAACUGAGGUUCACGGUAAUGGCCCGUGACAGAGGCCAGCCACCCAAAAUGGACAAGGCCACAGUGGUGUUAAACAUCAAGGAUGAGAACGACAACGUGCCUGCUAUCGAGAUACGCAAAAUAGGACGCAUUUUCUUAAAAGACGGCAUCGCAAACGUGGCUGAAGAUGUUGUGGUCGACACACCCAUUGCCUUAGUUCAGGUGUCAGACCGAGACCAGGGGGAGAACGGGAUCGUGACCUGCACGGUGGUAGGAGAUGUGCCCUUUCAGCUCAAACCCGCCAGUGAGAUGGAGGGAGAGCAGAAUAAAAAGAAAUACUUCCUCCACACAUCUGCAACCCUGGACUAUGAAGCUACACAGGAAUACAAUGUGGUCAUCGUGGCUGUGGACUCUGGAAGCCCCAGUCUGGCGAGUAAUAACUCUCUUAUCGUCAAAGUAGGUGACACUAAUGACAACCCUCCUAUCUUUAGUCAGAAUGUAGUAGAAGUGUCUUUUCCUGAAAACAAUGCCCCUGGUGAGAGAGUGACAACAGUGGCAGCCAUUGACGCUGAUAGUGGGAAGAACGCUGAAAUAGCCUAUUCCCUGGACUCAUCAGUAAAUGGGAUUUUCUCUAUCGAUGCAGACAGUGGAGACAUCCGAGUAAACACCAUUCUGGAUAGGGAGCAAACGGAGCGCUACGAAUUCAAAGUGAUAGCCAAAGAUAAGGGUAUAAACACCCUUCAGGGUUCUGCAACAGUGGUUGUCCUUGUGGCCGAUAAGAAUGACAAUGAGCCAAAGUUCAUGCAGGAUGUGUUCACCUUCUAUGUCAAAGAAAACCUGGAUCCAAACAGCCCAGUUGGCAUGGUGACUGUCAUUGAUGCAGAUAAAGACCAAAAUGCAGAAAUGGGUCUUUUUAUCGAAGAAGAGGAGGAGAUCUUCUCUAUCGAGAAUGAAACAGGUACUAUUUUUUCCACCCUGUCUUUUGACCGAGAGCUGAAGACUACUUACACGUUUCGUGUCAAAGCUGUGGACGGAGGUGACCCUCCCCGAUCGGCCACUGCCACGGUUUCACUCUUCGUCAUGGACGAAAACGACAACGCACCGACAGUCACCUUCCCAAUAAACAGCUCCUACACCCUGCUCCCUCCCUCCAGCAACAUCAGAACUGUGGUCAGAACUGUGAUAGCCACUGAUUCAGACACUGGCAUCAACGCAGACCUGAACUACAGCAUCAUCGGGGGAAACCCCUUUAAGCUGUUUGAGAUUGAUGGGGGCACAGGGGUCAUUUCACUGAUGGCGAAGCUGGAGCAGAAGCACCACGGCCUCCACAGACUUGUGAUUCAGGUGAACGACAGUGGGCAGCCCUCACAGAGCACCACCACGCUGGUUCAUGUGUAUGUGAAUGAGACUCUUUAUAACUCCACUGUUGUGGAGGCCCAGGUGGCUCGGAGCCUGAGCACGUCGCUCAACACCAACAUCGCCGGCGACCCCAACUAUGACCUUAGUAAACAGCGACUGAGUAUUGUGAUUGGAGUGGUGUCAGGAAUCAUGACUGUCAUUCUUAUCAUUCUUGUCGUUGUCAUGGCCCGUUAUUGCCGUCCUAAGAAUAAGAAUGGCUAUGAGGCCGGGAAAAAGGAUCACGAGGACUUCUUCACACCACAGCAGCAUGACAAAUCUAAGAAGCCCAAGAAAGAUAAGAAGAAACAGAAGUCCAAGCAACCUCUCUACAGCAGUAUUGUCACCGUAGAGGCGUCCAAACCUAACGGGCAGCGCUAUGACGGCGUUAACGAGAAGCUGUCGGACAGUCCUGGCAUGGGUCGGUACCGUUCGGUCAACGGAGGGCCGGGGAGCCCAGAUCUGGCCCGUCACUACAAGUCCAGUUCACCUCUCCCCACUGUCCAGCUUCACCCGCAGUCACCAACAGCUGGAAAAAAGCACCAGGCAGUGCAGGACCUGCCCCCUGCCAAUACCUUUGUUGGCACCGGAGAUAACAUUUCCCUGGGAUCUGACCACUGCUCUGAAUACAGCAGUCAAACUAUCAACAAGUACAACAAACAGCCGUUUCGCCGAGUGACCUUCUCGGUGGUGAGCCAGCCCCAGGAUCCUCACCAGCAGGGAUCGCUGCAGAGCUGCUACGACAGCGGCCUGGAUGAGUCGGAGACACCCAGCAGCAAGAGUUCAUCGGGCCCCCGGCUGGGCGCCCUUCCCCUGCCCGAGGACAGCUACGAGAGGACAACGCCGGAUGGCAGUGUCGGUGAGGCAGAGCACAUGGAAAAUGACUCCCGGCCCUUGCCUGACGUAGCCAUGACUGGCAAGUGCACUCGGGAAUGCGACGAGUACGGCCACUCGGACUCCUGCUGGAUGCCUGUGCGCACGUCGCCCGAGCGACGGCCUUCCAAGUCCACCACCAACCCCCAACAACCAAAGCUUUCCACUUUCAUGAGCGGCAACGGCAGCGGCAGCAGCAGCGCCGAGCAGCCCGGCAGCCAAGAGACCCUCGCCAUGGCCGCCAUGGCCAACGGAGACCCCACCGCUGCUCACAUGAUGGGCGACCGCAAUCGCAACCUGCUCAACAAGAAGAUGGCCUCCUCCUCCUCCUCCUACGAGGCCUUCGGCUCGUCCUCCUACGGCUCGCCGGGAGGCGGGGAGGAGGCGCUGGGCCACCCGACCGAGGAGAUCCCUCUUGCGCCCACUGGGGAGUACAAGCCCACAACUUGUGGUACUCUAACACGACGGGAGGUGUACCUGUGAGAUGGGCUGGUCAGACACGUCCGAUGUGCCAUUAAGCGUGGCAUUUCAAACAAAACACGAAGCAUAGACGCUUACCCACCACCGUUACAGCUUCUGAAGCUUUUAGCCACCCUUGCUCCGUGCAAGGCAGGACUAAAAUUUCUCCAAAGACUUUCACAACAGCUCCUUUAUAUAAAAUCUAAGUGGAUAUAUAAACCGAAUACCCAUUUCUGAAGUGCUAAUUCCGGCCAUGACCUGGAAGAAACGAAGGAGGAGGAGGAAGAACUAUUUGAGGGCACUGACUGGACAUUCAGUGAGGCUGUUCUACUGGCGAGUCGGGCUCUUGGGACACACUCUGCUGCCUGACAGUCAAUCUGUACAGUUAUCAGCUCAUUUUACAUAUACAGACCGUGCAUGCAUACCCGUGUUCCCAUUGAAGACCCCUGAUCCCCCGAAGAUGACAAUGUACAAAAGAGACCAUUUGGGUUUUUUUGCGUUUUUUCUAGAAACAAAGCUGUACAUGUAGACUAUUUUGACUUUAAAGUGCGUCUGGAUAUGCCUUUUUUUUUUUAUUUUCAGAACAGCCGGUUAGUCUGACCAAGACGUUCUCUGGCUGGAGUAACACAACGGACAAAGCAGUGUGGUGUCAUACUGACCAAGGAUCCUUACUGUUUGUGAUUAAUGUUGCAGACCAAAUUUUGUCCGUAGUCACGUCUUAUCGGGACGAGAAAGACUAAGCUUUAAAUACUCGAUCCUCUCCUCGCUACGGACACGGACAGAAAUAGGAGCCUACGGGAUUUGCUGCAACAACACUCCUGGUUAGAUUUCAACCUCACCGGUAGACCACGAUGGACUAAUGAAGACUGAUUCAGAUCUACCAGUGCGCACACGCUUCACAGGUGUCACUCAUUGUACAUAAACAUGGGACCAUAGCAACAGUGCUAACUGCUCUCAUACCCUUUUGUCUCACACCCUUUCCUCAGUCUCUCGUUCUUUGUCUUUGUUUGGCGAGAUUGAGACCAAAAUCCUCCCGUUUAAAUGCAACACUUCUUUGAGUCAUCACCCGCGACUGCAUUGGCCACGGUCUUACGAACGUCUGGAUCACCUUAGUGGGGAUGCUGCUGUUUAUACCACGUUGUAAUACUUCGACCCUUCCUGAGCACACAUGCAGACUCGCAUCCAAAUGCCGAAGCAGAAAAGCAGAUUCAUUUAACUGAGGCCAGUGGCGCUGCUUUGCUGACUUAAAAUCCUGGGUAAGCACAGUGUGAGGCAUGAGAUUAAAAUUAUCAGGCGCAGUUGAAAUCGUAUGUGUGUAUGGGCCAGAUAAUGCAGAAUAUUGCGUGGUUGUGUAGGCCACUGUAGAUGUACACCAAUAAUAGGCUUAUGAGGGCGUAAACAUGGCCGAGCUGGUCCUAAAACAAGCUGCAAGGACAGCUUUUCAACUGUUCCUUCCUUUCAUUUCUGUUGGUUUGGGUUGUGUGAUAGGACUGAGCAAUAAAUAUCAUAAAGUACACGUGACCAACAAGCAUCAACUUCUUUUUCACUUCUUCUCAAGCUUUCAAACAUGACAUUACCCCCUCCCAACCCCCUCCCACUAACGUGGCUGUCCAACAGCUCUCAAAGCACUAGUAGAUGUUGCUUUGAUGGCGUCUUUGAGCAUGAAUGUAAGGAUCAGCUCAAUGGAGUAAAAUCAAAAAGCAACACUGUAAUGAGGAAGUACCGGCAAGCUUGUCGUUUUGUUUUGUUCGUUUGUUUUCUGAUUACUGGCGUCAAUGUGAAACCAAAGCUUCGUGAGCUCAAUGAAGCACCCCUCCUCCCACAAAGCCCGACACACCCGACAACCACACAACAAAUAGCUUUCGGGGAGAACCGUGCUUUAAGUGCACAUGACAUGAAGAAGUUUUUAUUUUCAUGAAGGAUUGAGUCUGAAUGAUAAGAAUGUGAUGUCUCAACAAAACAUCCGUUCCAUCCUCGGAGCCGACGCUUUACGACCACUCACACACAGAGACACAUAACAAUGUUGAGACGUUGUGCCUCCCUGUCAACAGUGUUUCUUUUCUUUUUCUUUUUCUCUUUUUGUUUGUUUGUUUGUUUUUUUGCAGCAACAAAGGCGCAAACUCUCAUGACUGUAAUAAAUCAAAAGAAUAUCAGAUGCAAUGGAACUUUUUGUAUGUUAGCAAAACCCCUUUGGUUGGACCGGAGCUGCUUUUUUUCCGCACUCCGGCAAUCUAUAGUCUGUAAGUACUACUCGUUGUUUGAAGGAAAGUGCUCCUAUACUUAUCAACUGUAUACAUAAAUAUUUACUUUCUACUGCACGUUUAAUGGGAACUUAACUUCACUUACUGAGAAGGAAGAAGAAAAAAAACUGUAAAACAAAAUGUACAAAAAAAAAAAAGUUAUCCCUGUAAACAUGGAAAUCCAUCUUGUUGCUUGCUUUUGUUUUACCGAAAAAGACAUUCGUUAUAUAAAACAUAUUUUAAGCUCAUGCAGUUGAUUUGACUACAUGUCAUCAUUUUAUUUCUCAUCACAAACCUAAGUUUUUCUUGUUAUUUUUCUUUUUAACCAUAUCAUCUUCAAAUCAUACAAUUAGGAAACCUUAUCUUGUAUUUUCUUUUUUUUUUUUUUUUAUGUCAUAUCGAUUUGGUACACAACAGUGAAAAACUGUGGAAAUGAUCAUAACAAUGUACUAUGUGUUUUACUUUUUUCCUUUAUCUGGUGCCACUUUGUAUAUUUAGAGUGCUUCUGAAAAAAAAAAAGACAAAAAAAAGUUUGAAAAAAAUUCUAGAGUGAAUGCAAAUAUGCAAUUGUGCCUUUUUAUACCAAUCGGUAUGAUUAAUUGUUGGUUAGGAAUGGUGCAUAAACAAUUACGUUGAAAUGGGUGGUAUUUAAGAAACAGACUGAUAUACAUUUGCAUAUCUUAGACGAAAUCCCUUGAUGUCAAAAGGCUUUUUUUUUUUUUUUUUGGAGGAUGACCAGUCAAAUGUCAGUGAGCCUGUAGGUCUAAAAACUCAAAUGGCUGUUGUUCAUUGAGUUCAAUUAUCUUGUUGAAAUAUCCAUUCCUAGCUUAGUGCAUUACUGAAUGAGUACAGGUACAUUCAAAAAGCUGCUUGUUGGUAGAAAUAAUAAUGAUAUAAUGGAUUUUUUUGUCGUGUUCCACUCAUGUACAUGUGUGACAUCCGAGGUCAAGUAACCUUCUUUGUGCAUGAAACAAGCUCUAGGACUGAAUAUAGAAGCUUAGGAAGACAGAGGACGGGUUGAAAAAAAAAAAAAAAAAAAAGCAAAACACAACUGCUUGGAGACAUUUGACUGCUCGGAGUUGAGGAAGCCUAGAGAUAAAAAUGCUAAUGUGACGGUUUACUAGGGAGGAGUGGAAGUUGGAGGGAAAAAGGGGGGUGGGGUGGGGGCGAAAAGCUGCAAGGGAGAGGAGCUGGCGGAACACACACCUCAGGACGCACGGCGCAACACAACGCCCGUACACAAGGAUUCACAGUGUAUGCAUAUCAGCAGACGGUGAAACCCUGUCCUACUAAUAAGCACGGUGCGGGGUUUUGCUCUGAUGCUGUGAGGUGAUGCUUUGUAUUUCCAGAUCAGAUAGAAUCAAUUGUUUGUGGAAGGAAAUUUAAAAAAAAAAAAAAAA